AUGCAGAAGACUCUGGCCUGUUUAUCCCUCCUGUGCUGCAUCUGUUUGACGGAGGGCCGCGAGCUGAAGUUUGUUGUAGCUGUGUUCCGACACGGUGAUCGAUCGCCCAUUGAGUCGUAUCCCAGGGAUCCACACGGGGAGGAUGUGUGGGCUCAGGGCUUCGGACAGCUCACUGAGCUGGGCAUGAAACAGCAGUUUGAGCUGGGCAGGUUUCUAAGGAGGCGUUAUGGAGACUUUCUCAGUGAAGACUACGACAACAAAGAGUUAUACGUGAGGAGCACUGACUACGAUCGCACUCUGAUGAGCGCCCAGGCCUGCCUCGCUGGAAUGUUCCCCCCGACCAGACGCCCGCCUCCCAUCAUGCCCCAGUUACUGUGGCGGCCUAUUCCAGUGCACACCAUCCCCAGGGCCCAGGACAAGCUGCUGAAGUCUCCAGGCAAAGACUGCCCAAGGUUCAGGACGCUGAUGACGGAGACCUUCGAGAGUGAACCCUACCAGAGGUUCCUCAGGGCUCACCAGUACUUUGUGGAAGGACUGUCCAACCACACCGGCUACCCCGUGUCCAAGCUGGUCGGUAAAAAAAUCUGGAGAGUGUACGACACCCUCAACUGUCAGAGGAUCCAUAACUUGACUCUCCCACGCUGGGCCACCCAAGACGUCCUGGACACCCUGAAGAGGAUCGCAUCCUUUGAGGUCAUGUACAGCAUCCUCAGUCACAAGCGGAAAGAGAAGGCCAGGCUCUCGGGAGGGGUCCUGCUGAAUGCCAUCCUGAGGAAUUUCUCUAAGGCUGCAGAGCAAGGGAGCCCGCUCAAAUUCAUUAUGUACUCGGCUCAUGACUCCACACUCAUCACCCUCCAGGCAGCUCUGGACGUGUACAACGGCCUUCUUCCUCCUUACGCCGCCUGUCAGCUCUUUGAGUUCUACCAGGAGUAUGAUGGAUCUUAUUCUCUGGAGCUGCAUUACCGCAACGACUCCUGGCGCGACCCCUACCCCAACCAUGUGCCAGGCUGCGACGGGCUCAACCCCUGUCCUUUGUCCAUGUUCACUGAGCUGGUGAGGGAUGUGACGGCAGAGCACUGGGAGGGCGAGUGCGGGUUUAGGACAAGAUGGUCAAGCACAGGUGUAAUCACAACCCUUGCAGUGGCCGUGGGACUCCUGGCAGUGGCGCUGUUGUUCAGUAUAGGGGUGGCAGUCCACAGGCGGAGAGCACACUACUCCAGGGAGGUGUAG